UCAAGAACCAGUUAAACGCUAUACACGGCUCGGCAAGGAGUGGAUAGCGUACCGCUCUGUGCUUGUCUGUCUCGUAUUUUAGCGUUGGGGCCGUUUUGCGGAACUUUGCUUUUAGUUUUACAUAUUUUGUGAUUGGAGCGGAAAGAACAAAAGGCGGCACGAUGCAGAGUGGACUGGGUGAACUGAGUGACCUGUAUGGGUCAUUGAGCCUUGGGGGCAGUGAGGCUGGGGAGAACACCAGUCUGGAGACCAUCAUGCGCAUCAACUCCUUCCUCAACAACUCCCUUGACUUGCACAACAUUAUCCCAGACACCUCAUCCAGGAACUCAAUUGAUAUCAUGCUGAGUGAGUUGAUGAACAGUACAGGAGGAAUUCCACUCAUGAACUGGAAGAGCCAGCCUAUAUCACGAUCUGUGACAUCAGCUGGGUCAAAGAAAUCUUCGCAGUUGCAGCACAACAGUGGUGGUGGUGACCCAAGCAUCCCGCUGAGCAGGCUGUUGGCACAGACUUACAGCUAUAGCUCAGAGAGUUCCUCUCCUAGUUCUUCCCUUACUCCCCACUCAACAUCUCAGGGAUAUGGGCACAACAACAGUGUGUUUGGGUACAUGGAUGACAGUCCUCAGUCCAGUGGUUCCAGCAACUCUCGGCAGUCAUUCAGCUACUCCCAGUCCCCUGGUAGUGUGGGUUGUCGCAUGAAGCAGACUUCAAGCAGCAGUGACCCUGGAAGCCCUACUCUUGGAGAAGCCAUCCUAAUGGGAUGCCAGGAUGUCAGCCCUGCAAGCCAUGAUGUUAGUGGAAGCAAGAUUACUGAUGCUGUUACCCUUGCUAACUUGGUUAGUUCAUUGAGCCUUGGUGGAUGCAACAGAAACCCUGGUCAGUUGUCUACUGAAGGAGUGUCACGAAGCAGCGCUGUGGUCCAAAACAAUUCGCUUAUGUGUACAUCCAGCCAGCAGGUUUCCAACAGUAUUGCCCUACUUGGCAUGCAGCCUCAGCAUGGACAGCAGCAGCAGCAGCAGCAGCAAGUUCAGCAGCUGCAAGAACAAUCUUCUAACUUGAGACAAUUAUCCCUUGGCCUGAACAAUGGGAAUGUACAUCCUGUUUCUCCCCUACCCCAGGGUCUUGAUGUUAAUGGGUUGGCCCAACUUCAAAGUGCUUGGUUAACAUCACAAAGACUAUCUUCCCUGGCUGGCCCAGGCUUUCAAGGGAGUGAGCAGAAUAAAUCUCCUGGUACUCCGACAAGCCUUCUCUCCACCCCAGCUGAUACCUUCUGCAUUGAGAAGGCUGCCAAAAUGCAUAGGAAUGCUGCUGCUGUUUGUGAUGCUAACUGCACCUGGAGUGGACAGCUACCAGUGAAGAUGCACAAGAAUCCUACUUAUUCCUGCAAGGUGUUCCUUGGAGGUGUGCCAUGGGACUUAACCGAGUCAACACUAAAACAAACCUUCAGCAGCUUUGGGGAAAUUCAAGUGGAAUGGCCAGGCAAGAAGAGCUCUGUCAACCCUCCCAAAGGUUACAUAUACGUUAUUUUUGAAGAUGAGAAGCAGGUCAAGGCAUUGCUUGCAGCUUGUAGCCAAGACUUCACUUUUGGAGGAAACCAUUACUACAAGAUAUCAUCACGUCGCAUACGUCAAAAAGAGGUCCAAAUAAUUCCAUGGAUCAUCAGUGAUAGCAACUAUGUACGUUGCCCAUCCUAUCAACUAGACCCUGCCAAGACAGUGUUUGUGGGAGCACUGCAUGGCACAUUGAGUGCUGAGGGCUUGGCCAGCAUAAUGAAUGACCUUUUUGGUGGAGUUGUAUACUCUGGCAUCGACACAGACAAGCACAAGUAUCCCAUUGGCUCAGGGAGAGUUACCUUCAACAAUGAAUACUCCUACAAAAAGGCUGUCCGAGCAGCAUUCAUAGAAAUCAAGACUCCAAAGUUCACCAAAAAGGUACAGGUGGACCCAUACUUAGCAGAUUCCUUCUGUCAGGUAUGUGGUUUGCAGCAGGGACCCUAUUUCUGCCGGGAGGAGGUAUGCUUCAAAUACUUUUGUCGGAGUUGCUGGCAAGAGACUCAUCCUAUGGAGAGCCACAGUGGUCACAAACCUAUCAUGAGGAACUCCAAGCUCCGCUCCCAGAAUAACAGUGGCCAUCUCAUCUAGAUGGCCUUAAAUUUUUUUCCUUUGUUUCAUAAGGUCAUUGUCUUUAUUUUUGGUGGACUACAUACUCUUACCCUGACAAGAGAACUAUGGUAUAUGUUAAUGCCUUAUGAUCAUAAUUGCUUUUCUAUUCAUAUUUGUAUGCUAGUUGUAGAUUUUAUAUUGUAUGUGACGAGUUGAGCAGUGUUCCUGUAGUUUUAUCUCGUGGGUGAAUGGAAGGCUCUAAAAGUACAUUUUAUCUCAAGCCUCCGUUUUAGUUUAGCACCACAACACAGUAAUUACCCUCAGUUUAUAUUUUGUGGCUAGCACAAAAUUGGUGGUUGUUGUCAUUUUAGUUAUGUGUUCAUAGUUUUGAGAUAUUGAAUGUUUAAUAUGUGUGCAGAGAACAUUUUUUAUCCUAGCUUGCAUUUAAAUAAUUUCUUACUGGCAAAAUUGUUUGGGAGAUUACUGAAUAUAUUGUCUCUGUAAUCUACAGAAAUUAGAAAAUUUAAGGGUACUUUCAUUUGUGCAGAAAAUGAUCAUCAGGUCUGAUCUUGCAGUAGUACUCAAUAUUUUAUAUAAAUAUGGAUGAAAGAAGACAAAUCUUUCAAGCACAUUGGAUUUUACACAUUUUAGAAUUAUUGUGGUAGUAUCUGAGAGGUAAUGGGUGUGACUCUUUUAGGAAAACUUGUUGGAUGCAGGUUUACCAGUAAGUAAAAAAAAAAGGGUUUUAAAAUGUUGAAUCUAGGGUUGGUUGCAAAUUAUGAACUAAUAGAAGCUUAUAUUAGGCAUGGCUGCCAAUAUGUAUUUCUGCUGCUUCAACAUUAGGUUGUGUUUUAGCAAUUUUGAAUUUUGAUACUACCUAAAUUUUGUUUUUCUUUAAGAUUUUAUAAUUUAAUUCAUACAAUACUAACCAAAAUGCAGGCAAGCUGCAAGAACUUUUAUCAGAAAUAUGAUUGUCUUGUUUAUUUCAAAAAAAUUUGUUUGGGAAAUAUUUUGCCAGUUGUUGGCAUUAUUUUGUACGUUUCAGGGAUUUGUUCAUUUGAGUUGGGGAAUGCAAAAUGUUAUUGCA